ACGUUGGUUGGACGUAAAGUCUUGGAGACCAAAAACCCCUAAACAUUUCGAUUUCGAUUUCGAUUUUGAUUUUUAUCUUCUUUUUCUUUUUUUUCGCUCUCUCUCUUGGUGCGAUAUUUUGGCCGUUUCCAUAUAUUUUUCUAUCAUCUUUUAUAAAUCGGGGAUUGCUAGAUUUUCUCUGAAAGAAAAUGUGAUUGGAGAUCGUUAGGGUUUCGGAUUCUUUGUUCCCAGUUGUCUAUUUGUGUGACGGAUCGAUCUCUGUUUUAAUGGUGGCGUUUUGUUUUCGCUCCUCGGAACCGGCGAUUUGAUAUGCGAGUGGUGAAGGUUUUCUCGGGCUUUGAAGUUUUCAGUCGUUCGAAUUCGCGCGUAAGAGCUGCUGAUUAAUUUGGAUUGAUGAGGAAGAAACGGAAAGGAAGCGAGACUGAUGGACCGUUAAAUUUACGAGAUAAUGUAACAGAAUCUCAUGAUUCGCGAUCUUCUAAACUGAAGGCUCAUUACUCGUUAGAAGAUUACACGAGGUUGAAUAAACGAUGCAAGGAAGAUGUGGGUAUUGAACCAGUUCCUUCAUGCAAGAGUAGGUUUGCCGGCAUAGCUACAGCUCCACCCAGUGGGAGUUCUUCCCUGAUUCUUCCUGGUAGAGGUUUGAAGAGGAAGAUCGGGUGCAUCGACGUGGCUACUCAAAUUGGGCGUAAACAUAACAUCGAAAAUGAUUAUGUUUCAGGCGAGACGAUCGGACAUGGAAAAUUUGGUUCAGUUUGGCUGUGUAAAUGUAAGGUUAGUGGAGCUGAAUAUGCUUGCAAGACCUUAAAGAAAGCAGAGGAGACCGUUCAUAGGGAAGUGGAGAUAAUGCAGCACUUAUCUGGCUACCCAGGCGUUGUGACGUUGCUAGCAGUGUACGAGGAGUCCGAAUGUUUUCACCUGGUUAUGGAAUUGUGCCGUGGAGGCCGUCUGGUUGAUCAGAUGGUCAGUGAAGGUCGAUAUUCAGAGCAUCGAGCAGCUAAUAUACUCAAGGAAGUGAUGCUGGUUAUAAAGUAUUGUCAUGAUAUGGGGGUUGUACAUAGAGACAUAAAGCCUGAAAAUAUUCUUCUCACAACAUCUGGAAAGAUAAAGCUUGCAGAUUUUGGCCUGGCGACUAGGAUUUCAUAUGGUCAGAGUUUAAUUGGUUUGGCUGGAAGCCCAGCUUAUGUAGCCCCUGAAGUGUUGUCAGGAAAGUACAGUGAGAAGGUGGAUAUUUGGAGUGCUGGUGUGCUCCUCCAUGCUCUUUUGGUUGGCGCUCUUCCUUUCCAAGGCGACUCAUUAGAAUCAGUUUUCGAAGCAAUAAAGAACUCUAAGCUCGACUUCCACUCGGGGAUGUGGGAGUCUAUAUCUAAACCUGCCCGCGAUCUCAUUGGGAGAAUGCUGACAAGAGAUAUUUCAUCUAGGAUAACAGCAGAAGAAGUCUUAAGGCAUCCCUGGAUAUUGUUUUACACCGAGCGCACGCUCAAGACUCUUCCGAUCAAACUAAAACUGAAGAAUCAAGAAUCUUGCCAACCGUCUCCAAUUUCAGCCAAAACUAAGUCUGACAGAAACAGGAUUGACAGUGCAGCUAAUUUGACCUCCCUUAACGAAGUCUCUGACCUUUCCUCAUCUGAAAGUUGCAACGCCAAUGGCGAAGAUGACGAGGAUUGCUUUCUGGUGGAUGCCCUUGCUACAGCUAUUUCACAUGUGAGAAUAUCCGAGCCAAAGAGAAGUAGGCUGUGUGUUCCUACAGGCCCUAUCGAGCAGCACAGCUCCUCUAACAUGAAAGCUAACAAUCUUUGUAAAGCGUUUUGAUAUCCUGCUGACAGGCCAGCGACAUCGUCGAUAUUGUUCUCCGUUCUCCUGUUUUUUUUUUUUCCCCUAAGCUGGGGGAACUACUACUUACAGGUAACACAACCCGGAUGAAUUCCUCCAAGUAGAUGAUAAGAAGGUGAUUUUCCAGGCAGACAUCAAAGCAAAUCAAUCCAUGAUGAGAUGAUUGUGUGAUUAAUAUGCAAUCUGCGUUAGUCACUGCCUGAGCUGCAUUAAAUCUGAUUAGUAGUGUGUGGUUUUGUGCUUUUUAAGUCUAAUAAUUGUCUUGACAUGAACUGACAAAAUUUGAUGUACAUAUUCUGUAAAUACAGCAGUAAUGAAGAGUGCAUUUUGAUA